AUGAGCUUACAAGCAGGAACAAAUGAACUCAUACUUAAUUUCGAUAGGCCAGAGCAUCCAUUAGUCCAAAGAAUUAAAUUCGAUUUGAGAGAUUUAAGCCCUCCAAUGGCUGUUGGAGACAAGUUUCAGCCUUCUCAUGGAAAAAUAAACAAAAUUCAAACCGAAAAGAAUUUAAGUUUCAAAGAAUUUGCAGAAUUCAGAAUGACUCAGAAAGAGAUUCAGGUAUCUAAAGCUUAA